AUGGAAUCGCCCGUGAAGAAAGGUUUCCUUAGACUGGAAAUACAGAAAACAACAUGGGAGGUUCCGGAGCAAUAUACCGCACUGAAAGCUGUUGGCUCAGGUGCUUACGGGACAGUAUGUUCUGCUAUUGACCAGCAGACCAAGGAGAAGGUGGCCAUUAAGAAGCUCUAUCGUCCAUUUCAGUCCCUGAUCCAUGCUAAACGGGCCUACCGGGAACUACGACUGUUGCGCCACAUCCAGCAUGACAAUGUGAUCUGCCUCCUCAAUGUCUUCACACCUGAUUUCUCCCUGGAGAAAUUCCAGACAUUUUACAUGGUGAUGCCCUUCGUUGCUGAGGAUCUCGGUAACAUCAUGAAGAGGAGGAGAUUGACUGAUCGCGUCAUCGUUUACCUCUUCUACCAGCUUCUAUGUGGCCUCAAGUAUAUCCAUUCUGCAGGGAUCAUCCAUCGGGACCUAAAACCUGGCAACCUCGCCGUGAACGAUAACUGUGAAUUGAAGAUCCUGGACUUUGGUCUAGCGAGACAUGCAGAGAGUGAGAUGACGGGCUAUGUGGUGACACGCUGGUACAGGUCACCAGAGGUCAUCUUCAACUGGAUGCACUAUAGCCAGUCAGUGGACUUGUGGUCAGCAGGCUGCAUCUUGGUUGAGAUGAUCACAGGCCAGGUUCUGUUCCCAGGCAAAGACAGCAUUGACCAGUUGAAGAAGAUCCUCCACGUAACAGGAACACCACCGUCCUCCCUGCUGCAGAAGAUGCAGAGCAAAGAUGCUCGUUCAUAUGUGCAGGGUCUCCCUAUCCAAAAGAAGAAAAACUUUAAGGAAGUCUUUCCCUCCUUGGAUGUAAAUGCGGUGGAUCUGCUGGACAGCAUGCUGCUGCUGGACCCAGACACCAGGAUGACAGCUAAAGAGGGCCUCUCACACCCCUACCUCUCUGAGUUCCAUGAUCCAGAAUCUGAACCCAACUCCCCACCGUACGACGACUCCUUUGAAAGCAUGGAGCUUGAUGUGGGAGAGUGGAGUAGUCUGAUCCACAUGGAGAUUAUGACUUUUGACCCCAGAAACCCCAGUGCCACUGCAAUGUAG